AUGGCGCAAAGUUUGAGCGCAGAGUGCACACCGCUCAAGCUCAAAUACGAUGCCUGCUUCAACGUCUGGCUCGAGGAAUAUCUCUCUCCACAGUUAGGGAUUUCGUCCCCUUCUCCAAAGACGGGAACAUCUUCCUCUUCGUUGCCAAAAGGGGCGAAUGCAAACGCAAGUGAAGAUGCAAAAGCGCUGCGAACCAAGCGCAUGGCCCAAGCAUACGAAGACAAGUGUGGGCCAGCCUGGAAGGCUUAUAAUGCGUGCAUAACAAAAGCCGUCAAGGAGCACAAACUUGAAGAGUUGAUCACCCAGGCGCGCGAGGAGAAUCCUCUGCGCGAGCUUGAGAGUCACCUCGACCGCACCCACUCUCCAUAA